UUGUGGAGCUAUCAGAUACUCAUCACAUUCGCAAAACUCCACACAGCUACCGGAGAACGUGUGAGCAUUCGAGAAAAUAAUCUAGGAACAGAAAAUGGCAGAACUUGCUCGAAGGCGCUGGGAAGACCGGCAGCGGCAACAAGAAGUUGUGGAGAAUUAUUGUCGCGUUUGCAUGAUCGUGGCGCCGCAGCUCGAAGAACCGUUGCGGACGCCAACUCCAGCCGAGUUCUAUUCGAAUAUUCAGAUCGACGACGACUCGGGCGAUGAGCAGUGGUCGGAAAAUAUUCAUCCCCGCGAGCGAACUACUUGUCUUUCCUAUGAGAGCACUCUUGUCGUCGUCAAUGCGCUCGUGGAAGCAAGAUGCCCAGAACUGAGGGAUCACUUCAGGAUGCUGCGAGAACUGGAUCAGGAGCUCGUCGAUCUUGUUCACGCGCCGCUAGAAGAGAACUUGUCGCCAAAUGAGGAUCUCGAAAUGCUGCAAAAUGUCUUUCCAGAUGCAAGACAAAGUCCGUUGCGUAUGGAGGACAUGAUUGCGGCAACCCCACGGUUAAGGUGAUUGGUCGAACGCCCAUACCCGAUGACGGAUGAAGGAAUCGGUACAUAUCUCACGCAACACACCGAACUCUCGUUGCACUCGCGACGUGGUGCAUACAUACAAGCAAAUCACAGUUCAUACCGUACCCCUCCACGCCUGCCGGUGUCUUUAUCCUUUAGCAUUGCAGAGACUUCGAGCAUCCGCCUCUUCGGGCAGCUUGAGCUGCCAUCCUGGUCAUGCCCUGAAGAAGUUCGCACUGCUCGUAUGUUGGGGCGUAUGAAUGAGGGAGUGGAAGGCGAUGCUUCGCAGAAUACAAAUCUUUGAGUUCUUGGCGCACGUACUAUCGGGUGAUG